AUGGUUUACGCAGCCCGCUUGCUACGAAAUGUAGCGUUUCAAUCGAAUUAUAUGAGAAUUCACGUUGAAUCCGGAAGGCAGACUGCUGUGCGCCGAAGAACUGGCGGCGUGCGUCGAAGACCAGGCGCCGUGCGGCGACAGUGUUCAGCAGAAGCUAGUGUGACGGAACAUACUAUCCUCGGCACGCUUAGAGGGAUGGUUGAGUCGUCCGUGCGUGAGCGGUUUCCUGACUACGACAAACCGAUAGAUGUUGCGGAAUGCGCUAAUACUUCGCUGGGCGACUUCCAGAGUAGUAGUGCUAUGCAAAUUUUUUCUGCACUUGCAAAAGCUGGGGAAACUAGCUUUCGCAGUCCGCGUGACGUCGCUGAUGAAAUCGUAGCCGGAAUAUCUGAAAGGGAAAUGUUUGAUUCCAUCACCAUUGCCGGACCUGGGUUCAUAAACUUUCGCCUGUCCGAUAACUACAUACGUUCGGAACUUUUUAGAGAAACCAAAAGUGCAGAGUUGGGUCCUACUAUCAAAAGGCACGUUUUGGUAGACUUUUCUUCCCCAAACAUUGCAAAGGAAAUGCAUGUCGGUCAUCUUCGUAGCACUAUAAUUGGUGAUACUCUCUGCAAUGUUUUCGAAUUCUGUGGUUAUACCACCACUCGCGUGAACCAUGUUGGUGAUUGGGGCACUCAGUUUGGAAUGUUGAUUCAGUUCAUGAAGGAAAAUGGCAUAUCACCGGACUCGAGUGUAAGUGAUCUGCAAGCUUGCUACAAGCAAGCUAAGCAGAAAUUCGAUGUUGACGAUGAUUUCAAGGCAAAAUCAAAAGAUAUGGUCGUCAAGCUUCAGUCGUAUGAUCCAGAAACAGCACAUAUGUGGCGGCAAAUCUGCAGUGCAAGCCGAGCUGAGUUUCAGACGAUCUACGACCGAUUAAAAAUCCGAAUAGUCGAGAAGGGAGAAAGUUUCUACAACGAUAUGAUCCCAUCGGUACUUGAUGAGCUUCAAUCUAAAAGGUUAAUCGUGGAAGAUGCUGGUGCGCUUUGCAUUUUCACUGAGUCUGAUGAUACCCCAGUAAUUUGUCGCAAAAGUGAUGGGGGUUUCAACUAUGCAUCGACAGAUUUGGCGGCAGUACGUCACAGAAUCAUGAGCGAAAAGGCGGAUAAAAUCAUUUACGUAACAGAUCAAGGGCAGCACAAACAUUUCAAAGCAAUUUUUAAAACUGCGAACGAAGCAGGGUGGGGGGACGCACAAGUGGCAUUAGAGCACGUUGGUUUUGGUGUUGUUUUAGAUGAGGCCGAAGAACGAUGUUUUAAGUUCUUAGAAGAAAAGGGUACAAAUCUCACUACUGACGAAAUAAAGCACGCAUCCAAAGUGCUAGGUGUGAGUUCAGUGAAAUAUGCUGACCUUCAGAACAAUCGGCUGACGAACUACACAUUUUCGUUUGAUAGAAUGCUAGACCUAAAGGGAAACACGGCUAUGUAUCUGCAGUACUCGCACGCGCGGGUUGCGACAAUAUUACAAAAAUCUUCCUUUGCAGGACGACCUGAUCAAUUCAGUAUCAGUCACGAGGAAGAGCGACUCUUAGCUAUUCAGAUUAUCAAGUUUCAAGAUGCUCUACUGACAACGCUACAAGACUUAGCACCUUCAAAGCUCUGCGAGUACCUUUACACGCUUUGUAGUACCUUCAACAACUUCUAUGCGGAAUGCAAAGUAAUAGGUGGAGACAAUGAAGAAAGUAGAAUUUAUCUGUGUGAGCGGACACUAUAUACAAUGAAAUUGACUUUCUCAUUGUUAGGGAUUGAACCACUGGAGAGGCUCUGA